AUGGUGGAGGAGCUCCUGGACGGCCGCAGCCACGGGGGCUGCAGGGCCGGCAGGGAGUUUCUCCACCUCCACGGCAUCAGCAGCACGGCCCCGGCGACGCCGUACGAGUCGUGCACCGCGUCGCCGGCCAACUCGUGCUACGUCAGCGGGGAGCUCAACGUCGAGGAGUACUUCCAGGAGCUCAAGGCGUCCAAGGCGUACCUCAAGACCAUAUUCGCGGCCAAGCCGGGGAACCCGGACGAUCUUGGCGCCGCUACGGCGACGGCGAGGGGAGCGGGGGAGGAGCUCGCCCAUGCCCAUGCCCAUGCCCAUGGGCACCCCUGGGCGUGGAGGAAGAACCCGUUCGCCCAGAUUAGAAGCAACAGGUGCAUCGCCUCCCACAGCGGCGUCGGCGUCGGCGGCAGCAGCCGUGCCGCACCCGCAGGAGGGCGGUAUAAGGAACGCGAGCACGGGCACAGGCGGUCCUUCUCCAGCGUCAUCGUCCGGUACUCCUCGUCGAACAAGACGUCCCCCGUCCCUGCGCUGCCGUCGUCGUCGUCGUCGUCCUCGUGCUCCUCGUCGUCGUCGAGCUCGUCAGCCUCCUCGUCGGUCCGGACCUCGAGCGAGUCCGACGGCGCGGGCCCGGCGCUGAGGAGGAGCAGCAGCGCGAGCUCGGAGGUGGAGAACCCCAUCCAGGGGCUCAUCGCCUACUGCAAGAAGUCCCAGCAGCUGGCCUCCGUCAGGAAGAGCGCCAGCGACGCCGGCUUCCGGUUCCUGUCUUCGGCGGUGUCCAAGAUCGCCGCCGACUCCGACGGCCUUGAUGAGCUCGCUGAGAUUUGCAGAGGAUGA